AAAACAAUCGAAGUAAAAGUGAUCAAAAAUCCAGACAGCAAAAGCUGUCACACCCUCGUAAUUUUUUCAAAAUUUUGCCCGAAUUUUCGCUCGAAAGUGAUCAAAAACCGCGUCGAACUGUGCAUAAAGUGUCGGAAAAAGUGGUGCAAGUGAAAUUCCAUCGGGGAAAGCGUUUUUCGGGUGGGAAAAAGUGAAUUGAAAAUUUGCUGUUUGGUGGGCUUCCUAAUUUUCUUCCUUUUCGCUGCGGGCUAACUGGAUCGCACGGGCCCAGGUGGUGCAUUUCGGGUAUCGCGGAGUAUUGUGUGCGUGUGUGUUGGUGAUUUGUUUACCAAAACACAGUCCACUUCGUUUCCUCUGCGGGGCUGACUGUGUGCGGUGUGGAUCGAUAUUGGGUGCUGAAGUGCGGCGGGCGGGGUGAGAAUCAUUGCGAUUUGGUGACUCAUCAGUCGUCGGGUAGGGUGCAGUAGUGCGGAAGAUACAGGGAAAGUCGAAGGGCAAGGGAACAAAAUGGGCACCCUGUCGGAUUUUGGCCAAGUGGCCCUAAAGUGGGAUCCGAAAAAUCUCGAGAUUCGUACGAUGUCGGUGGAGAAAACGCUGGAACCGUUGGUGCUGCAGGUGACGACCUUGGUCAACACAAAGGGACCCAGCAAGAAGAAGAAAGGUAAAUCAAAGCGCGCCAGUGCGCUGGUGGCUGCCGUCGAGAAGGCAACGGACAUUUUCAUCGAACGUGGAGAGCAAAUUGCCUACGAAAAUCCGGACAUUACACAGGAAAUGCUGUCGGCCGUGGAUGAGGUGCGCAAGACGGGCUCUGCGAUGAGUAUUGCCGCUCGGGAGUUUUCCGAAGAUCCGUGCAGUUCACUCAAGCGAGGCAAUAUGGUCCGAGCGGCGAGGAAUUUGCUGUCGGCCGUCACACGUUUGCUGAUUCUGGCUGACAUGGUUGAUGUGCACUUGCUGUUGAAAUCUCUGCACGUCGUUGAGGACGAUUUGGACAAGUUGAGGAAUGCAUCCUCACAGGACGAGCUGAUGAACAAUAUGCGACAGUUCGGAAGGAACGCCAACGAGCUUAUCAAACAGGCCGCCAAGAGGCAGCAGGAACUGAAGGAUCCUCAGCUGAGGGAUGAUUUGGCAGCGGCUCGAGCUGUAUUGAAGAAGCAUUCCACUAUGCUGCUAACAGCUUCCAAAGUUUACGUUCGUCAUCCGGAGCUGGAUCUGGCCAAGGUCAAUCGCGAUCACAUUUUGAAACAAGUCUGCGAGGCAGUUAACACGAUCAGCGAUGUCGCCCAGGGCAAGGCGACGUCUCCACAGGAUAUCUACGUGGGAGCGGGCGAAUUGGCCGCUGCUUUGGAUGAUUUCGACGAAGGAAUCAUUAUGGAUCCGUUGGCGUACAACGAGGUUCGUUCCCGGCCAUCGUUGGAGGAACGUCUUGAGAGUAUUAUCAGUGCCGCUGCACUGAUGGCCGAUGCAGACUGCACCAGAGAUGAACGGCGAGAACGGAUUGUGGCCGAGUGCAAUGCCGUUCGGCAAGCGCUGCAGGAUCUGCUGUCGGAGUAUAUGUCGAAUAUGGGUACCAAGGAAUGCACUCCGCAACUGAAGAGCGCCAUCGGUCAGAUGUAUCGCAAGACGAAGGAUCUUCGACGCCAGCUGCGUAAGGCCGUUGUGGAUCAUGUUUCGGAUUCGUUCCUAGAAACCAACAUGCCCCUGCUGGACCUGAUCGAUGCGGCCCGUUCCGGAAACGAAAAGAAGGUUCACGAGCGUGCGGAAACGUUCACGAAACAUGCGGAAAAGUUGGUCGAGGUGGCCAAUCUGGUGUGCAGCAUGUCCAACAAUGAAGAUGGCGUCAAGAUGGUCCGGUAUGCGGCAGCUCAGAUCGAAACCCUGUGCCCGCAGGUCAUCAACGCUGCGCUGAUCCUGUGUGCGCGGCCCAACUCCAAGGUCGCCCAGGAAAACAUGGAAGCCUAUCGGCAGGCCUGGGAAAAUCAGGUCCGCAUUCUGACGGAGGCGGUCGAUGACAUUACGACCAUCGACGACUUCCUGGCCGUGUCGGAGAACCACAUUCUGGAGGACGUCAACAAAUGCGUCCUAGCUCUGCAGGAAGGCGAUGCGCUGGAUUUGCGGAACACGGCCGGUGCCAUCCAGGGACGGUCGGCGCGGGUUUGCAACGUCGUCGAAGCGGAAAUGGACAACUACGAGCCGUGCAUCUACACCAACCGGGUGCUGGAAGCGGUCAAGGUCUUGCGGGAUCAGGUCAUGUCCAAGUUUGCCCAACGUGUGGAUGUGGCCGUCGAUGCGUUGUCGUCCAAUUCGCCCAAGGACGUGGACGAGAACGACUUUAUCGAUGCCAGUCGCUUGGUGUACGAUGGAGUGCGGGAAAUUCGCCGGGCCGUACUUAUGAACAGGAGCUCCGACGAGCUGGAUACCGAUACCGAGUUUGAACCCGUGGAAGACAUGACCGUAGAGACCAGAAGUAGAUCGAGCGCACACACUGGCGAUCAAACAAUAGAUGAGUACCCGGACAUCAGCGGAAUUACCACUGCAAGAGAAGCCAUGCGUAAGAUGAAUGAAGAGGACAAACAGAAGAUCAUGCAGCAGGUAGAGUUGUUCCGUCGCGAAAAGCUGACGUUCGAUUCCGAGGUGGCCAAGUGGGACGACACCGGCAACGAUAUCAUCUAUCUGGCCAAGCACAUGUGUAUGAUCAUGAUGGAAAUGACGGACUUUACACGCGGUCGUGGUCCGCUGAAGACCACCAUGGACGUGAUCAACGCUGCCAAGAAGAUCUCCGAAGCGGGCACCAAGCUGGACAAGCUGACGCGGGAGAUCGCCGACCAGUGUCCGGAAAGCUCCACCAAGAAGGAUCUGCUGGCGUACCUGCAGCGUAUCGCCCUCUACUGCCAUCAGAUACAAAUCACCUCAAAGGUCAAAGCUGACGUACAGAACAUCAGCGGUGAGCUGAUUGUAUCAGGGGUAAUUCUGGACAGUGCCACCUCGCUCAUCCAGGCGGCUAAGAAUCUAAUGAACGCCGUGGUCUACACGGUCAAAUACUCCUACGUUGCGUCUACCAAAUAUACUCGCCAGGGUACCGUUUCGUCUCCGAUAGUGGUUUGGAAAAUGAAAGCACCGGAAAAGAAACCCCUCGUCCGUCCGGAAAAACCCGAAGAGGUUCGUGCCAAGGUUCGACGAGCUUCCCAGAAGAAGGCCCAGAAUCCGGUACAUGCACUUUCGGAAUUCCAGAGCCCAACGGAUGCCGUUUAAGCGUGUACCGUGGUGAGGUAAAUUCCCUAUCAUCGCAAUCGAAAUCUCCUCUCUAUUUCUGCGACUGCACUACCACAGCAGGGCAGCUACCGCCACGGUUGCGUUGCAAUGCAAUUAUUGAACUAAAAGACACACACAAGGAUACAACUAUCUAUUCAAUAGUGAUUUUGUAUGAGUUUAUACGCCUACGUUACUUGCACUAGCACCACUACCGGCGAAGGGAUUAGCGAAAGUCAUAUAGAAUAGAAAUUUAUUCCAAAUAAAUUUUUUAUUUAUUAUUUUUGACACUAUUAAAAUCUAUAUAUUUUUUAUUAAUGUAUGGCGAACAAAGACGUUAAAUGACUGAGAAAAAUAUCGCAUUAAAAAGGUUGUAAGGUAACGGA